UUUUCAGUUCACUUGUUCACUUGAAGUCACUGAGGUGAUCACAUCUUUUUCAAUGUCAAGAAAAGUUUAAAUAAUCUUUCACAAAUUCAAUUUUUUUUUCAGCAAGUCUAUUUAAAUUCUAAUCAAGUUUAUUUUUCAAAGCUCUUACACUUGGCAAGCUGUUUGAACACGUCGUUACAAGCAUCAAGAGUGUGAGCGAAACUUGUCUUUUUUUUUGGUUAACCCUACAUUCAAACAGCAGGCGAUUGUUUGUUAAUGAGGCGUAGUGAAAGGAUCGCCGAUAAAGUUCGUAUUGACUACAAAUCAUUACAUGCUACUGGAGCUAUAAAUCAAAUUUCUUCUCAAGUUCAAGAUACUCCAGUAGAUGGAAAAAUUAUAGUAAUGGCAUCCGAAGACACUAGUAUCAGCAAAAAACUCAGACCCAGUUAUUCAACUAUCAAUCGAUGAAUCAAUACUAGCUGAUGACAUUGACGAUUUUGUGGAUGAAAACCAGUCAGGAUAUUAUGGCGAAUCAAUUGAAGAUAUAGAUUCGAAUAUCAAGCAAAUGGAAAAUUUACGCACCCAGUAUAGGCGAAAACACAGGGAGCUAUCAGCAAACUUAAAGGAACUUUACGAAGGAACGUAUGGUAAAUCAUAUACUCUCAAAAUCGAAAGCAUGAAGAGUUUCGUUAUGAUGAAGAGAGAGCGUCGACAGAGAUUACGAGAAAGACAAAAUCUUGGCGACAUAGAAUCAUCAGAAAGAAAAAUGAAAUUCCUUGUCAAUGAAAUCAUUCAGUUAAUUUCGUAUUUACAGGAAUCUUUCACAUCAUCCCUGUCCACCUUGGAUGAUAAGGAAAUCAAAAAGAGAAAAGAGGAUUUGCCGGAGCAGUUAAGCCAGAUGGAAACAUUAAGAAAAUCCUUUAAAGAAAUGAUCGAAACCGCGAAAAGGAAGGAUGAAGGUAAUUUAGAUGAUCUAAAUAAAAGGUAUGACAAACUUGUUGAUCUCAAAAACUGUUACAUCAAAACCCUUGAUCAGGAAUAUCAGGAUAGGGAACUUUCAAAAGUGGAGAAGUUUAACUCAUCAACUUUGAAUAUAAAAUUACCUAUAUUUAAAGGUUAUGGCAGUGUUUGUGAUAUAUAUACAUUUCAAACUGACUUCGAAAAAUUGUACCUAAGAUCCACACCUAAUGCUGUUCUACCAGAUCUUCUGAAGAAUAAUUUUUUAGAACACCCAGCGUUGACACUGGUGAGAAAUGUAACCAAUAUCAAUGAGAUCUGGAGGAGACUUAAAGAUGCAUAUGGAGAUCAGAAAACGCUAUUAUCAAAGAAAUUGGCAGAGUUGAAUAAAACUGAACUGAAGCACAAGGAUCCAGAAAAGGUGGUUGAAGGACUUAGCCACAUUGUCAACAUCAUGAAGGAUCUGAUACACUUAGCGAAGUGUCACAGAAUUGAAAAUGAGUUAUUCUAUGGUGAUGGUCUGGAAAGGAUCUAUAAAUUGAUCGGUGAUAACAGAGUGACAAGGUGGUUGGCUGCUAGUUGUGAUGAUGAUUCAGUAGGAGAAAGUAAGUGGCAUAAACUCAUCACAUUCUUGGAAUAAGAAAU